UGCUACUCCCAGUGUGUGCCAUGCCGGCCCUGCAGCCCAACUCCUCUGGCCAGCAGCUGCAAUGAGCCCUGUGUCAGGCAGUGCCAGAACUCCACCAUCGUCAUCGAGCCCUCUCCCGUGGUGGUGACCCUGCCCGGACCCAUCCUCAGCUCCUUCCCGCAGAACACCGUCGUGGGCUCCUCCACCUCCGCUGCUGUUGGCAGCAUCCUCAGCUCUGAGGGCGUGCCCAUCACCUCGGGGGGCUUGGACUUGUCCGGCUUGGGCAGCCGCUACUGUGGCAGAAGGUGCCCGCCCUGCUAAAGCCGCUGGCCGUGGUUCUGGAGAACUUCUUCCUGAAACCACGAGCACGGUGCUGGAACAAGAAUUUGGAAUUUGGAAUUUUCAAGCUCCUGCUUUCAGAUUACCUGACCAUCCUCAGCUACUCUAGGAAGUACUGGCGG